CAUUGUCCAACAUCUUGUUUGUGGUUUACAGUGUUGGCGCUGUUUUUUCGUUUAGCCUGCCGCCAAUUUAAUCUUUUAUCUAUACCUAUAGAUUAAGUCUAUUCUGUGCCUAUACUCUAUUAUAGUGUCUAAUGUCUAGUGCCUUCUGCCCACCGGCCACCGCGUAUGGUACUCUCUCGAUUGUGAUUUGCGUUCUUGACUCUGAUGCUUAGUAUUUCAAUUUCCCCCGUUUUCCGUAUUGUGGUCUCAAACCCGCAGAUCGCUAUUUACUAUGAGCAAGUAAGCGACUACAACUAGAAAACAAUUAUUUGUUUCAGUUGUUAGCCAAUCAAUAUGGAUCUGUUGAUGAAUGAAGUACGAUCAUUACAAUUAAAAAUAGACGGUAUGACCAAGAAACUUGACUCGUUGGAUACAAAAAUCAAUGAAAUAACCGAAUCACAGCAGAUUGGAGGAGGAACGGUUCGCAAAUCUGACAAUUUCAAUAACAUCAUUAUCAGAUUUUUUACCGGCUUACGAAAAUUGACACCUGAAGAAUUAAAGAAGACUCUGGAUGAAGCUAAUGCUAUUCUAAGUACUGUAGAUCCCAUUCUCACAGAUCAAAAUCUUGAACAAACUCUAGAACAGACUGUCUCUAAAGAUAGGUUAAAAAUAAUGUUGAAAGAGGUAUUUGAUUUACUUAAUUCAUUGCACCAUAGUGCCACAGUUGAUGCUUCAACAAGUAUUGAAUCCAGAAAUGAUUAUAAUGAAGACAAAGAGAAAGAAGAGGAGAAAAAAAGAAGAGAAGAAAGAGAAAAGAAAGAGAAAGAAAGAGAAGACAAAGAGAAAAAAGAAAGAGAAGACAUAGAGAACAAAAUAAGAGAAGACAUUGAGAACAAAAUAAGAGAAGAAAGAGAAGAUAGAGAGAAAAAAUUAAGAGAAGAAAGAGAAGACGAGAAGAAAAUACAAUUUUGGAGAAAAUAUAAAAACAAAUACAAUUAUAUCGAGAAACUUAAACUUAAAUUGCCGCCUUUAGACAACUCAGUUAAGGAAACGGAAUCUCUACAAAGUGAUGUAAAUGCCAAUGUACAAAAUGAUUUAAAUGACAAUACACAAAAUGAUGUAAAUGACACUGUACAAAAUGAUGUAAAUGGCACUGCACAAAAUGAUGUAAAUGACACUGCACAAAAUGAUUUAAAUGACAAAACAUAUACUUUAGAUGAUAUUAUACAGAAAUUUGAUGUAUAUGAAAUGUUCAAAAGGAAACUUAAAAAUUCACCAUAUGAAGACCCAUAUUUCAAAAAUAAUGUCAAAAAUUCUAAUUUGCGUUUAACAUUACAAAGUGGUGAAACCAUUGUAAAACCAGUGAGUCAUGUAGCACCUCUUAUAGUACUAAAAAAAUGUGAUGAUUUGUGUCCAAUUCCACUUCAAAAUAAAAAAACUACGGGUAAACAAUUUCCAAGUACUUCGAAACAAGUUUCCAAUACUAAAAAUACAACUACAAAUGUGACCAAAAGAGAAACAAGAGCCAAUAAAACAAUGAAGUUGACCAAUAGUUUCAAUACCAAUGUGAAAGCUAACCAAACCAAAAAAAGAAGUCUGACCAUCAAAAAUAGUAAAUAUGAACCUUCCAAAAAAAAAAGAAAUUAAACAAACCAAUAUCCACUAAUAUUUGUAUUGUAUUAAUUAAUUUAUGAAUUGUUA